AUGACUCUCUCCCGUUUGCAAGAUUAUGAAGAUAGAUUAGAGCGUAUUCACAUUGUCCCGAGUCGUCAAUUGAAGGACAAGUCUAAUCCAAUGGAAUCCCUCUCCGAGCACCAAUUCCAAUCCCGGUAUCGUCUCAGCAAGGACGCUACUGUAUUUGUGGCUGACCAGAUCAAAAAUCAGCUUGUCAGUCCAUUGAGGCGUGGAGUUCAGAUCCCUCCAAUCCUGCAAUUACUCGUUGCCUUACGUUUUUAUGCUGGGGGCAGCUUUCAAAUUCAGGUCGGUGAUUUGGCACAAUUAUCGCAAGGGACUGUGUCGAAGUUGGUCAAACGUGUCUCCGGUGCCCUAGCAGCCCUGCGCCCUCAUUUUAUCAAGUAUCCUAAUAACAAUGAAGCCAAUUUAGUUCGCCAACGCUUCUACACCUAUGGCGGAUUUCCAGGGGUGGUGGGCGCAAUUGAUUGCACACAUGUUCCGAUUAAAUCAGUUGGAGGAGAUAACGCAGAGCUUUUCAGAGAUCGACAUGGAAAUUUCUCUAUCAACGUUCAAGCAGUCUGUACAUCAGACUUGAAAGUAACCAACAUUGUAGCACGCUGGUUCGGGUCAUGUCACGAUAACAGGAUUUUCGAAAAUUCAACACUUUGCAGACAACUCGAUCGAGAAGAAGUACCAGGGAUACUUGUGGGUGACUCCGGAUAUAGCUGUACUCCAUAUCUGAUGACACCAUUGACAAUGCCGAGAACUGCAGCCGAAAAGCGAUACCAAAGUUGUCAAAUCAAAACUAGGAACCCCAUCGAGCGCUGCUUUGGAACUGUGAAGCAGCGUUUUAAUUGUCUGCGAUAUAUGCGCCUGAAGCUAUCCACAACCCUGACCACGAUUGUUGCAUGUUUUGUUCUACACAAUAUUGCCAUUAUGUAUCGUGACGAUUUGGAAUUCGAAUAUGAGGAUCACGAGGACGAUGAGAACGAAAAUAUACGGAACCAAAGUACAACUUCCGGAAUUUCUGCUAGGAACCGAAUAAUUUCUUCUCAUUUCUCAUAA